AUGAUUUUUCUCCCGGAACGCGUUCUGCUACUAUUUGGGAUAUCUACGUUGAUUCUCCCAAUCGCCGUGUCGGACAAUGAACCUCCAGAAAAUGGCGUGAACGCCGAGGUACGGGGUGUCCUGGCCGAUCUGGUUAUGGAGGCUUUACACCCGCCUGAAGUCGUAAAGUCGGGACGGAUCACGAUAGAGGAAUGGAGAGGCAUCCGACGCGAAAGACGGUUGUUUGACGCCGCGUUUAAAAAAUGGGUCGACGACCAUCCAGGGGACAGACUUGAUUGGGGCCAGACAAUACACAUGCAGAAGAUAGUGAACGUCCGGGAUAUGGUGCAAGCAAAAUUUUUCGAUGAAAGCGCCCUGGUCCCGAGGAUGCGCCGCUACGCGCACGUCUUUGACGGAUAUCAUGGGGACUUGAAGUGGGGGUACAAAUGCCUCGAGCCGGAGCUCUGCGAGAUCAUGAACUACCGGUACUUCUCCGUCCUCUUCGCCUGGUUGCCGCGUGACCCCAUCGUUAACCUCACCCUGGUCGAGCAGCGGGUUACUGAUUAUAAAUCGAAAGCCAGGGCGCGCCUCGCCUCCGAGGACUGGCAGUCGGGUUCAACCGGGAAAUUGUUUAUCCAAUUUACGAAAACAUCGAUCCGGUUUUCCAGCGACGUGGUUGAGAACAUGGCACUUCAACAU